CGCGCGCGCAAGAGGGAGGGGGGAUUCGCUGCUGCUGCUGCUGCUCUUGUUCGGAGAGUGCAGAGUCAGCUGGGCGGCAGGAGGAGGAGGAAGAGGAGGAGGAGGAGGCAGCGCGCGCGCAGGAAGCAGGACUUGUCCUUUGACAUCACCUGGACAGAAGAACCUGCAAGGUUGAACCUGCUGCCAUGGGGAACAUUUUUGGCAACCUGCUGAAGAGCUUGAUUGGCAAGAAGGAGAUGCGUAUCCUUAUGGUUGGACUUGAUGCUGCUGGGAAGACCACCAUCCUCUACAAGCUGAAGCUGGGAGAGAUCGUCACUACCAUCCCCACUAUUGGAUUUAAUGUGGAAACGGUUGAAUAUAAGAACAUCAGCUUCACUGUAUGGGAUGUCGGUGGCCAAGACAAGAUCCGGCCCUUGUGGCGGCAUUACUUCCAGAACACCCAGGGUUUGAUCUUUGUGGUGGAUAGCAAUGAUCGGGAGCGAGUGAAUGAGGCCCGUGAGGAGCUAAUGAGGAUGCUGGCAGAGGAUGAACUGCGAGACGCUGUUCUUCUUGUCUUUGCUAAUAAGCAGGACCUCCCUAAUGCCAUGAAUGCUGCAGAAAUCACAGACAAGCUGGGCCUACACUCGCUGCGUCACCGCAACUGGUACAUCCAGGCCACCUGCGCCACGAGCGGGGACGGCCUCUACGAGGGCUUGGAUUGGUUGGCCAACCAGCUGAAGAACAAGAAAUGAGUGCAGGAGGAGUGGGGCUCAGCCCCUGGCUGUGGGUUCCAGUUUGGGUUGGUCUCCCCUCUCCUUCCUGCGCUCCCCCCAGUCCUCCCCUCCCUCUCCUUUCCCUGUUGGGUUUGCUUUUCCUCUCUGGCGGCACCGGUUGCUGUGGGGGUGGGGGCGGGGUGGGAUGGGGUGAACUUUUGGUUUCCUUUCUCUCUCUCUCAACUUCUCUUGUUUUUUCUCUUUAUUUUCUCAUGUCCUGGCUCUGCCAGGAGUUUUUUUGCACGGUCUCUGUGUGUGCGCGUGCGUGUGUGAUAAAUAUAUAUAUAGAGAUAAUAAAAUAUAUGGGUGUGGUGGGAGGGGUUGGGGCAAGUGGGGGUUGGACGCCGAUUCUGUGGCCUUUCUUUUUUUCCCUUGUUUUCUUUCCCCCUUAUUUCCCUUUCCUUUCUAUAUUUUGUUGAUCAGUUUGUAUUUCCUUGGUGGUAUGUGAAACUUGGCACACUCUUUAACUGGAGGGGACCAGAAUUCAGUGGCAGCUGUUUUUCUUGCUUUCUUUCUUGUGCUGUUAGUGCAGAGUAGAAAGGAGGAAUCCAGGGCUAAUGAUGGCAAAACUGGGGGCCAUAUGCUGGGGAGGCAGAGAUGGUGAAUGCAAGAAGUGGGGAUGGUCUCAGAAAUCUAGCUGCUGCAGAUGAGGAAAAGGCCCAUUACUUCUUGAUGGUAGCAUGUUGGAGUGGGAGGGAUGCAAUGAGUUCCACCUAAUUACAACCCACUCUACCCCAAUAAAAAAUUACACAUUUCUUUCUUGCCUUGUGUUUGUAUUCAGCAGUGCCCUCUGCUGGCAAGAAUGAUAUUGCAGCAGUAUGGAGCAUUCUUUAUUGAAACUUCCUGCCUCCCCAUCCAUUGCCUGUUAACAAUCUCAUUAGUGACGCAUGUGGAUAGCAACUCUUGGCGCUGCUAAUAAACUGAAUCGCUUGCAUUCCAACCUUUUUUGACCAUAUGGCACCUGGGGCCCUCCGUAGUUUGCUUCUCCUCAGCCUCUUGGCUCUUUCCAUUCCCCCAUAGAAUUAGACCAGCAUUUAUUGGGCAUUGGCAUGAGCUGCUGAGAAGGUUUGGGACCAAUGCUGUGAACAGCUAUUGUACAAAACUCCUUCCCUGCUCUUUCCUGUCACAAGAUGGACAUGUCAGCACCUUGGCUGCUAAAUAGUUCCACCAACCUGCUCUGCCUUCCCUCUGGAGGCUUCCUAAGGGCAGAAUUUCAUUGCUGCCUAUAUAUGUGGUGUUAUCCCUUAAGACAGGUGACUUUCCCCCUCCUUCCCCUGCCCUGAGAUAUAACCCUGGCUCUUUAAAGGUUUGUUUUCCAUGUUGGGGAAGUGGAGGAGUCUUUUUCCUCCCCCCUUUUCAUUAUUUGGGGGGGGGGGGUAAUGAUUGUAUUAGGAUCAGACCCAGUUCAGUGCAUGUAACUUUCUGGUCACUCCCUGCCUCUGGACAGUGUUGGUACUGUGUGUUCCCCUUUCCCUAUUCUGGCAAAUAUGUAUUGACUUCUCUCUCUCCAUCUUCCUACCUCCCCCUUCCCUCUCCCACCCUCUAAAUUAAUCUUCAGCUCCUUUGGCUUGGUGUAAAGUGAUUUACCUUUCCCCUUUCUUUCUGGUUUUGUUCAUUCUCUGGGCCAUGACUCCCUAUAUGUGUUUUUCUUGGCCCCCCUGAACAGUUGGAUGCACCAUGACCUCUGUGCACCCCUAUUGGAUAUUAAACUUGUUUUAUGUA